UUGUUUGCGAAUCUUUCGUCAUUACACAAUAUGAUUAAAACUGCAUCUUGGGCACCGCUUUUCAUAAAACAGCCGCUCAGAAACAUGUUUUUCCAGGGAGAAUGCUGUCGAUCAAGACAUUGUGCACAUUGACCUGCCUUCACAGAGCCUUGGAGUUCAGACUCGACUCCUUUUCCUCUUUCGACUCCCCAGCGCUCCCAGUCGGGGCCGAGAGUUGUCCGCCAUUAAAGGACACGACCCGUGUAGUCAAACAGAAAAACUAAGACAUUGCUGAGAAGUGGAAAGUGUUUCGUCUUCAAAUUGUGCUUUUGUUUCCACUUUUAAACUAUUGUAAUGCGCGAAGUCCAGUGUGGAGGCCGAAAAAAAGAUGUUUGGGUUUUUUUUACUGAAUACUUUUAGUCGACUUGACUGCUUGCCAACCAGUUAGCUAACAGGCUAACGCUAGUGGGCUAUCUGAUAAUUUGCUGCUCAGUAAAGGGGGAGGGGUGUUUUACAUUUAACGGUUUAAUUCAUCUGGUUUUAGUGACUACAUUAUAUCUAGAAAGUCGGUCGUUUCUCGUAUAGCUAGCAAGGUUUCUGUCGCAGCCUUUUAUUUUUGUUUUUCAUAGUAACCAAGUGCCUGACGUUAGCGAGUUAGAGAGACUGGAGCAUUUAAAGAGUUUGUUACCUAGCUACACGCUAGCUAGCUCGCGGCUAGCCAGCCCGAGACGUCCUGAGUGAUUGUUUGAGGUCCUCGCGAGCUUGUUCUCGGCGCGGUAACGACCGCUCAGCUCGCGUCUCCUCCUGUGUGAAAUAAUGGCGAGACGGCGUUCACCGUGAGGAUGAGUUCUUGUUUGGUGGCCAACGGGGCGAGUCUGGAGGACUGCCACUCCAAUCUGUUUUGCCUGGCUGACCUCACAGGCAUCAAAUGGAAGUGCUUUGUGUGGCAGGGCCCCACCUCGUCCCCCCUCCUCUUCCCGGUGACAGAAGAGGACCCCAUCCUGUGUAGCUUCAGCCGCUGCCUCAGGGCUGACGUGCUGAGUGUGUGGCAGAGGCACCAGAGCCCUGGGCGCCGUGAGCUCUGGCUCUUCUGGUGGGGGGAUGACCCCAACUUUGCCGAACUCAUUCACCCUGACCUCUCAAGUAUGUCCCUUCCCUUCAGCUUACCACAGCUCCUUACAAUUGUGGCAAUUCACCCCUUACCAGGUAACGAGGACGGCUUGUGGGAGAGCGGCCUGACCUAUGAGUGCCGCACACUGCUCUUCAAAGCCAUACACAACCUGCUGGAGCGUUGUCUGAUGGCCCGCCGCUUCGUACGUGUCGGCAGGUGGUUCGUCAGGCCCUACGAGAAGGACGAGAAGCCCAUCAGCAAGAGUGAGCACCUGUCCUGUUCCUUCACCUUCUUCCUGCACGGCGACAGCAACGUGUGCACCAGCGUGGAGGUCAACCAGCACCAGCCUGUGUACCUGCUGAGUGAGGAGCACCUCACCCUGGCCCUGCAGAGCAGCAGCCCAGUGCGGGUUAUUCUCAGUCCUUAUGGUCUGAGCGGGACUCUGACGGGUCAAUCUUUCAAGCUCUCAGACCCGCCGACUCAGAAGUUGAUCCAGGAAUGGAAGCAGUUCUAUCCCAUCAACCCGGGUGCCAAUCAGGCAUCUGGGGGAGACGAUCCGGACUGGGAAGAUGAGUCCCUGGCUGCCGUGGAAGUUCUUGUCGCCGGGGUGAGAAUGGUAUAUCCAGCUUGCUUGGUGCUGGUGGCCCAGUCAGACGUGCCAGCCAGUGUGGCCACGGUGAGCUCCACUGGUGGGACUGGGGCAUGCGCCACAGUCCAGGCCACUUACGCAGGGCACACAGAGCCUGUCAUUUCCUCGGUUACCCUGACCCCACCCACAUCACCAGAGGAGGUCCAGAAAGUGUCUCAGCUGGCUUCCAGGUGGGCAAAGCCCUCUGUGGUGGUAGACAGCUCCAACGCCAGCCGCUUUGGUCGUCACGGAGACAAGGUCCCACGCCAGCUGGCCAGGCAGUUAGUGGAGACCGUGUGGCAGGAGUGUAGUGUGAACCGGGCUCAGAACAAGGGAAAGUUCUCAGCUGUGACCAGCGCCCUGUGUAAGGAGAAGACGACCAGAGUUUGUGUUUUGUGGGAUUUUGUCGAACCCCAUCAAAGAACGCACUGCAGUUGCAUAAGACAGAGAAACUGGAAGCAGCAUGCAGGCAGCGCGCCGGGGCACCCGCCCUCUCUGCCCCCCCCCAGGUACAAGGCCACGGACAAGAUGGAGAAGGCGGAGAAGCAGCAGAAGAGAGCCCAGACGCCCUUCCACCACCGCAGCUGUACGGGCCAGGACCUGAGCCUGCGUGACCCGGAGGUCAGCUGCUACCCGGGCCUCCGCUCCGCAGACGUGUCUUUGAGCAAAGUUCACACGGUGCCCAGCGACAUGGCCGGCUCCCCCCAGCCUCCACCUCUGAGCCCGCAUCUCUGCGAGCGGGAGGAGGAGGAGGCAGGGGAGAUGAAACGUUCCUCCACCCCCCUCCGCCAGCAGUUUUACCCUCCCUCCACGGAGCCCUGUCUGCUGCCUCAGAAAAGCCCGAACGGGUCUGCCCUUUACCCCGCUCCCGUGGACUACCCGUCUGCUUACCCAGACUCCGUGGAGCCCACCACGUACAUGGGCGCUGCCGUCAACCCCGGCGAGGAUGUGGCUCCCUGGACGUACUUCAGGCUGCCCAGGAGGCGAAGCGCAGACCUGCAGCCACCGCCACUGCCUGUGGACAGGCUGAGGCAGGACGCCGCCGCAGCGCCCGACGGCCUCGUGUCUGCCACAGAGACAAUGUCCUCCACUGCAGGGCCUCUGAAGGUGUCAGAGGAGAGGGUGAGGAUGUACAUUCAGAAGAAGCGCUGCCUCUCAGCAGCUGUGGGUGAGGGAGACCUCGAGCUGGACACGGACCCCUAUGCCUUUGUUGAGGAGGAGUUCACCUUCACUGAUAAAGAGAGGAGACCUGGAGCAGAACCUGGCAAAAGAAAGAAGAGGGAUGAUGGUAGUACUUCCUCUGCUGACGAUGCCCCUGAGUCAGGCGGGGGUAAACCUCUCCUCUCUACCAGCCUGAUCCACGAGACCGAUCUGGCUGUGUCCAUUAAUGACCUGGACAAUCUCUUCAACUCCGACGAGGAUGAGCUCAUGCCUGGAGCCAGAAGAGCAGGAACAGAGAAGUUUGGUGGCAAAGAGCCCAAAGCCACAGCAUCUGACGGCCUCUCUUGUAUAAGCUCUGCCGACCUCCAUCAGAUGUUCCCGACACCUCCGUCCCUGGAGCAGCACAACGUGGGCUUCUCCCCGAUGAACGUGGGUGGUAAUGAGUGCGGCUCCACUGACGGCGGGCCGCCCGAUGGGACCAUACUGGGUGGUGCCUUCAAAAUGGAGGUGGACGAGAGCCUCUGUAGCCCCCGACCCUCUGAGGUGAAGGACUUCUCUUUCGUGUUCAAGCCAGAGUUGUGCCAGGCAUUUGUGGGCUGCUCUCUAUACGCCCCUCUGAAAACGCUGCCCAGCCAGUGCCUGCUGCCCAUCAGGCUGCCAGAGGAGUGUGUGUACAGGCCCUACCUCGGCAAGGACAGCAGCGUUCCCAGCGUGGGCAGCGGCGUGGAUCCAGACUACAGCCAGACAUACACCCCCCAGACACACACGCCCUUGUUGUCCAACAGCGCCCCGCCCAGCAACAGCGGUGUGGGCAUCCUGCCAUCGCCCGCCACUCCUCGCUUCUCCGCCCCCACCCCGCGCACACCCCGCACCCCACGCACGCCCCGCGGGCCGGCCAGCGUCCAGGGCUCGCUGAAGUGUGAGAGCUCGGAGCCGUACUCGCCCGCGUCUACGCCGUCCACGUGCCGGCCACUCAGCUCGGUGGAACCAGCCACGGCGCACAGCCUAUACGUCACACUCAUCCUGUCUGACUCGGUCAUGAAUCUGUUCAAGGACUGUAACUUCGACAGCUGCUGCAUCUGCGUGUGCAACAUGAACAUCAAGGGCGCAGACGUGGGCAUGUACGUCAGCGAGCCCACCCUGGACCCGCAGAGCUCUGCCCCCGACCCCUGCUCCUGCGGCUUCAGCGCCGUCGUCAACCGCCGCUACGGCAACGGCGCCGGCCUGUUCCUGGAGGAUGAGCUGGACAUCGUGGGGCGGGGCUCAGACGCCGACCGGGAGAUGGAGAAGCAUUUUGAGGCUUUGCACUGCACCUCCUCCCCCAUGCACGUAGGUGGCACUCAGAUGGAGAGCCUCCCCCACGAGCUGCUCCUCCUGCUGCAGGAGCGCUGCGCCAACCCCUUCCCGCCCCUCGCCAGGCCGGAGCCGGCUGGCGAGCGGCCCCCACCCCCCCGGCGUCUGGAGGAGCGAGACUACCACAGCGACUGCUACGUGGCUCUGGAGCAUGGCCGCCAGUUCAUGGACAACAUGUCCGGCGGGAAAGUGGAUGAGAACCUGGUGAAGAGCUCCGGGCUGCAUCCCUGGGCCAAACACGAUGCCGUGGACGUGAGCUCACUCUUCUCUCAGGAUGUACUGCGGAUGCUCCUGUCCCUCCAGCCUGUGCUGCAGGAUGCCAUCCAGAAGAAGAGGUCCGUGCACUCUUGGGGCGUCCAGGGUCCCCUUACCUGGCAGCAGUUCCACAAGAUGGCUGGCAGGGGAACCUACGGCACCGACGAGUCUCCCGAACCCCUGCCCAUCCCGACCUUCCUGGUCGGGUACGAGUACGACUUUGUGCUGUUGUCUCCCUUUGGCCUGCCCUACUGGGAGAAGCUGCUCCUGGACCCCUUCGGCUCUCAGAGGGACGUCGGUUACGUGGUCGUGUGUCCUGACAGCGAUACUCUGCUCAGCGGUGCCAGGACUUUCUUCAGAGAGCUGACGGCGACGUAUGAGGCAUGCCGGCUCGGCCGGCACAGGCCCGUCUCGGCAGCUCACGCUGACGGAAUCGUGACGGUGGGCAGCGGUGCGGUCGGGCCCCCCGUGGACCUGCCCCUCACCGACUGGUUCCUCAGGAUGUCUAGCAACAGCAGUGGCGGCGAGUCUUUGGCCAAACUGAGGCUCUAUGCUGAAGCGUGCCGUCGUGACCUGGGGCCAUACCUGGCAGCUCAGUCCCUCGACAACUCUCUGCUCACCCAGCGGAACCCUUCCUCCUCCUCCUCCUCCUCAUGGUCCUCGCAGCCAGCGAGCUCCAGUUCCAGUUCCAGUUCCGGUGUUGGCAGCACCACCCCAGCCUCCACCUCUAACCCUCAGGGUGUGGGAGGGUCAGCGCCUGCCAAGCCCGCCUCUCUGCCUGCCGUUGGCGAGUCGGGUGUGCUGGGCACUCAACAGGCUGCAGCCCAAGGGCCGGGCACUGCGGGGGACGGGGCAUCGGCCACCUGCCAGACUCAGCCCCAACCGGAGCCUCCCGAGAGCACUAUGGAGCGGGAGGCGGUGGGCGUGCCCACAGACGGAGACUCCCACGCCGUCACCUACCCGCCUGCCGUCGUGGUCUACCUGGUGGACCCCUUCACCUGCACGGAGCAGAACAGCGGCUCCAGCUCCAGUGUGUGGACCCUGGGUCUCCUCUGCUGCUACCUGGACAUGCUGCAGUCCCUGCCUCCACCACUCAGGAACGCCGUGUCCGUGCAGGUGAGCCGCUCGCCACGUGCCCUUUUCAUGCCCUGCUUUCCACAUGCAUCACUGUUUGUUUUGUUUUUUGUUUUUUUUUUUCUCUCCCCCAUGCAGAUAGUCCCAUGCCAGUACCUGCUGCAGCCGGCGCGGGGCGAGGAGGAGGAGCGUCAUGCGUACGCCCAGAACCUCAAGUCCAUGGCCUUCUCCGUAUAUGCGCAGUGCCGGCGGACCGGGCCUGCCUCCACCAACGUCAAACCGCUCACGAGCUUCGGGCCUGGCCUUGCCAUCGACGCCGCCCUGCGGGUCUCCGAGAGGUCGCAGUGCACGCGGGUCUACAUGCCGCCAUUCGUCCUGGCCCCGGUGAAGGAUAAGCAGACGGAGCUGGGUGAGACUUUUGGCGAGGCCACGCAGAAGUACAACGUGCUCUUCGUUGCGUACUGCUUGUCGCACGACCAGCGCUGGCUACUGGCCAGCUGCACCGACCAGCAUGGCGAGCUUCUGGAGACGUGUGUCAUCAACGUGGACGUGCCCAACCGGGCGCGGAGGAAAAAGGGCUCAGCCCGGCGGCUGGGGCUGCAGAAACUGUGGGAGUGGUGUUUGGGCCUGGUUCAGUUCACCUCGCUGCCUUGGAGAGUCGUGAUUGGACGACUCGGCCGGAUAGGUCACGGGGAGUUGCAAGAUUGGAGCAUCCUGCUGAGUAGGCGGAGCCUGCAGUCCCUGAGCUGCCGUCUGAAGGAGGUGUGCAGAAUGUGCGGGAUCUCCAGCGCGGACAGUCCCAGCAUCCUCAGCGCCUGUCUGGUCGCCAUCGAGCCUCAGGCCUCAUUCGUCAUCAUGCCGGACUCUGUGUCCACCGGCUCCGUGUUUGGCCGCAGCACUGCCCUGAACAUGCAGACGUCCCAGCUGAACACCCCUCAGGACACGUCGUGCACUCACAUCCUGGUGUUCCCCACCUCGGCUGUGGUCCAGGUCGUCGACCUGCCCUUCAACCCCAUUCACGACGGCAUGGACGGAAUCCUGGACCUGCUCGUCUCCGAGAACGAUGUGGACCCUGACCUCAUUAACAUAUUACCAAACUCCCCCAGCGGGUCGCCUGUGCACUCGCCUGGCUCUCAUGACCCCCAUGGGGGCAGCGGCGGAAAGGGCCAGAGCACAGACCGCAUGGAGUCCCACGACGAGACGCCCAACAUCCUUCAGCAGCCCAUGGCACUGGGCUACUUCGUGUCCACAGCCCGAGCCGGCCCGCUGCCCGACUGGUUCUGGUCUUCCUGUCCCCAGGCCCAAAACCAGUGUCCCCUCUUCCUGAAGGCCUCACUACACCUGCAGUGCAGUGCGGUGCAGUCAGAUGAGCUUCUUCACAGUAAACACUCCCACCCUCUGGACUCCAGUCACACCUCUGACGUGCUCAGGUUUGUGUUGGAGCAGUACAACGCCCUCUCCUGGCUGACCUGUGACCCUGCCACGCAGGACCGCCGCUCCUGCCUGCCCAUCCACUUUGUAGUGCUCAACCAGAUGUACAACUUUAUCAUGAACUCGCUGUAAGAGAAGCAGCCUGCACUGCUGGAGGCCAGACAUUGGUCUCUCUCACACACACACACACGGCCAGACCGGUCUAGACACUUGGCAACACUUUACAGUGUCCAUCUCGUACAACUGGAGCAGAAGGGACUUUUUUCUCCUCCUCCCUAUCUAUGAGCUCAUCCUAAUGGAAUGCCUGCUAAUAUCUUGAAUAUCUUAUUUAUUGUACAUUUUUUAAUAAAUGUGUAAUUUUGUUAAUCUUUUAUAUAAGUAGAAGGUACACAUUGCCUUCCUGUUGAAAUGAAAAUGCUUCAUCAUUGUGUGUGUAAUUGUCUUAAUUGCAAGACAUGAAUGGAAACAAUACGUUUGCUGUAGGUUACUUUUUUAGAGAAAUAUUUUCUCCAUGUGAACAGACAUUUAUAAUGCUCUGUUGUACAGACAAAGUAUGCUGAACCCGUUCUUACCUUUGUGUGGUUGGGACGUCCGGAGAGGUUCUAGUUGCAUUCCUGUACAGCAGUUUUAAUUUGUUCAAAUGAGAGGACAAUGUCAGAUUAUAUAUUUUAUCAGAUUUAGAUGGUGUGUGUGCGUGCGUGUGUACACAAUCUUGUGCCACUAUGAAAUGGUGCACCCAAUGUUUUAGGAAUAAACGUGUCAACCUUA